ACAACGUUCCACAGUGUCGUCAGAUUAUGCAGUCAUCAUAAUAUUCCCAUUAAUCUAUUAUUAAAUAACAUCGUGCGUCCUGAUAAGCUGGUCAGUGUUUCAAAGUGUAUCAGUCAGAGAAGAUCACAGUUCCGUUAUAUGUGAACAGCGCAAAAGAUCUCUCUUAAAAUGAUGAACGAUAAAACUAAAGUGUCUUCUGAUUAUAACUACUUUGGUGAUCAAAAGAAAAAGCCUCUCAGCUUUUAUAGUACAUACGCUGUAUCUUUUUUGUAUAUAUUAGUAAUCGGUCUAUUUGUUUUCAAUUUUCUUGCUCUGGCAAAGAUAAAACUAUUAGAAACCGAAGUGGAAGUUUUGAAACAAACCCUUUCAAAUGUGAAACUUUUUGAUGACAAUCUUAUAAAAGAAAUUAUUGGUUUCGAAGAUGAGGAGGAUUUGGAAUCUAAUGAUUCCGACCAAUAUUCUAAAGUAGUUCUCCCUACCGAUUGGACACCAGAAUAUGAUGAUUACGAAACAUACGAUCAAAGUACACAAAAUGAUUCGAAGCAGUUGGAUUACUUUGAAGUACUUCUAGAGAAGUUGAGAAAAAUUGAUAAUAAUUCGGAUACACCAUACAGUUCAACUAUAAAUUCAACUAACGAAGAGAAGGAGUUAAACAGAUCAAAGAGAAACAUCGUGGCUGCUACAGAUGACGGAGUUAUAAUCAACAGUGAAUCGUAUGCAGAGAAAAAAUCUAAAAAUCUCACUUCGAGGUAUCCUACAGGAGGAGGUACAGUAGCACAAUAUCCUGCUCAACCAUCUGCAAUAGGCUCUCCCUGGCCUGUGUAUACCUAUCCCUACGGAUCAACACCCUCUUACAAGGUUAACGUUAACAGAAGAAAAACGACGAAAGCUCCCUCUGUACUUUCUAGAAGGUCAAGAGUAAAACAUUACGAGGAUGGGAGCAAAUCUUUCAGAAGAAUAGUUAAAGUACCUGCAUGGAAAUCAUUAGGAUCGUAUCUGGAUUCAUAUGAAGAUGCGACUACAACUUCACCUGAUUUCACAGUAGUUAACUUUAACAAAAGAAGAAGAAUAUUGAAACCUUUGCCAUCAGCACAUUAUAAUGGCGAUACUUCAAACUAUGUAAACGGCCAACAUAGUAAUUAUUUUGGAAAUGGUCACCUAAGACACCCGCAAAGCAGAUUUAUUGAUUGGAAAGCAUCUGACUGGGUGCAGUCCUUAGGCAUGGAAGACCACUUUAAUUUGAACAAUGGAUAUUUAACUAUAAAAAAUCCUGGUCUAUAUUUCAUUUACUCUCAAGUGUAUUAUCUUGAUGAGCAUGAUACAACAGGGUAUAAAGUGAUGAAAAAUAACCAAGGUAUCCUACAAUGUACCCUUACUGUUCAUUCUGUAGAAAGAAGGUUAAAAGGAAAUACAUGCUUUACAGCAGGAGUAGAAUAUUUUGCAGCAAAUGAUAAACUCUCCAUUGAAGAUAUUACUGAGGGCAUGCUAUCUAAGUUUGAAGUGGGAAAGUCUUUCUUUGGAGUUAUAAAACUUGGAGAUGCCAAGAUACAAUAAAAGAUCAAAAUAGUGUAUAAAGCAAUUUAUUAUUUAUUAUUAUGUGAUUCGUAUGUUGUUUCUAAGAUGCCAUGGAUUGAUUUCCGCUCAGUUGUACAUAAUUUUUUCAUAAUAACAUAAACAAUAAUAAGCUUUUAUAAAAUUAUGUAAUAUAUACAGAAAAAUUCCAUUUCUACAGAUAAUAGGGUUGAUCAAAUAACACAAUUCAUAUCAGGAUCACAUUUGGAAACAAUUCGAAGUGUUAUACUAACACUGUUUUUUUUUUGUAAAUAAUAAAUAGAGAUAAAACUUAUAUACCAAAAUAAGUGUCAUAUUAUACAUAUAGUUUCAUAUUUUUUAUAAGUAUAAUAUAUCGUGUUAUUUCUAAUAAUGUUUUAAUGCUGGAUAUAUUUUAUAAUUUGACAAUAAUAAAGAUUACCAAUA